GUGACGUCACUCAUUAUGUCUGACCUCGCCAGUGCGACAGUAUGCAAGUAGCGUAGUGCACACAAUGCGAGCUUUAUUGAAUUUUCUUAUCUUCAUUAGCCUAUAAAACUGUUUUCAUAGAAAAGGAAGUAAGUUGAUCAAUGCAAUAUUUGAGCAGAUAUAAAUCUUAAAUCCUGUCGUGAGAAAGAAAUAAAAUUGAUAACUGGAUAAAAAUGGCGGCUAAAGGUGGUGACAAUGCAUCGCCAUCGGAUGAAAUAAUAGACACCAAAUGCUCUGUGUGUGCUGGGAAAAAUAUAACGCGAGAAGCUGAAAAAUACUGUGUAGAAUGUCAAGACUUUUACUGUAUACCAUGUACAGACACGCACAAAGCUUUUCCAGCAUUGAGAGCACACAAAUUGCUGGAUAAAGCAGAUUUCUGUACACGUGGUCUACGAUCAUCUUUACCGUCUUUACCAACAGAGAGAUGCCAUAUUCAUAAAGCCAAACUUUUGGAAUUGUUCUGUAAAAACCAUGAUGAGGUUGUCUGCGCCACUUGUGUUGCUAUCAAUCACAGAACAUGCCGAGAUAUACACUCCAUUCCGGAUGAAGUUGACAAUCUAUACAAACAAUCAGCUUCUGAUCAAAUCAAGAAACAACUCCUUGCAUCAAAGAAAGCUAUAGAUGAUAUAAAGAAAGCCAAACAACAACACCUCAGUGACCUAAAAGAACAAAAGCAGAGAGCAACUGAUUCUAUCAAAAUCUACAGCAAAGAACUGGAGGCUGAGCUCAAGAGACUUGAAACUGAAUCACUCAAAGAAGUUGAUGUACAGUACAAAAGUAUGGAAAUAGAUCUUCUGAAUGAGAUCAAGGAAGCAGAGAAACAUAUUGAUAACUUGGAACAGUCUGGUGCCAAGCUGCAAAAGUCCAACGGAAAUAAAGCCCAAGAAUUUGUCUGUGUCAAAACUGCUCAGAGAAAUAUUCUUACAGUUAAACGUUCCACAAGUAAAAAACAAACAGAAGUGAAAAUAUUUUUUUCUACAGAUAUGAAAAUAAAAAACUACCUAAAACAAUUAAAGGCAUUAGGUCAGGUUGCAACUUGCAAGCCAAGAUCAACAGCAUACAAAGUGAAACAACAGAGGAAUAUUAAUAUUACGCUUAAAAAAGACAAAAAUACAUGUAGAAUACUUGGAUCCUGUUAUAUUGAGGAUGGUUCCUUGCUACUUGCUGACUGGAAUAAUAACAAGUUGAAACGUCUUGAUGUCUCUACUGAUAACAUCAUAGACCAUCUACACCUGAAGGCACCUAUUGCUGUAUGUCUAACCAGGAAAAAAGAAGCUGCAGUAAGUCUCUGCAACAAUUCCAUACAGUUUGUAUCACUAGGAGACAAGAUGACAACAACAAGGAAGCUGAAGAUGGAUCAUUUAUGUUCUUGUUUGGCUUUCAAUGAUGGGAUAUUGUAUAUAUCUGAUGAAGACAAAACAGUUUAUAUUCAUGAUAUAAAUGGUGUCAUGUUACAUAAAAUGACAAAUGACAAAUCAGGCAAAUCCAUUUUCAGUGACACUAGACGUAUUAGUGUGAGUACAAACAGAGACUGUGUGUAUGUGGCUGAUUUCAACAAAGGUUUGAUAACUCUAGACACGCAGGGAAAUUAUCUAUCAACAUUUACUGAUCCUGAUUUAGUUUGUCCCCGGGGAGUAUGUACUGAUAAGAGAGGAAACAUACUGGUCUGUGGAUGGGGGUCAUCAAAUAUUGUCCAGAUCAGUGAGGAUUCAAAAACAACGUUAGGCAUCAUCAAAACAAAAAAACAUCCGUUAUCAAUCAGCUUUGAUCCUCGCCGGAACACACUAGCUGUAACUAAUGAUACAAUCAAUAUUGUAAAUGUCUAUGAGCUGGAGUAAGAUACAUACAUCACAACACUGAAUGAUCCCAUACUUAUUUCACAUAACUUUUAAGUCACAACGACAAAAUACAAGUCAUGAUAUAUUAUGCUUUUCAUAAAUCACAGAUAACUCAUUACUUAUAGCAAAACAAACACAUAAUUUAUAGUAAAACCUAAAAUAACUUCAACAAACAAGGGGGCCAUGAUGGCCCCAUAUCGCUCACCAGAGUUGAUCUGGCCUACUGGACCUAGUUUUUGACCCACGUGCCCCAGUUUCAAAUUGCUCAAGUUGAGCUAUUGUGACUGGUCAUUGUAAAUGUCAUACUUCUGUCUCUCACCUUUACUUCUAUAUUAUAAAGAAUACAUUUAAUUAACUGAUAAUACCUUAAAUAAUCUGUAGUUUCCGAAUAAGAUAUUUAAAGUUUUCGAAGGAACAGAAACUAUUUGUCCUACAGUAAAAAUGCUGCUUAUAUUAGAAUCGUUUCAAAAGGUUCAGUUUUCAAAAAUUUGCGACUUUCUUUCAGGCCUUUCUGAUAAUCGGUUAGACGAAACAAUACGCAGAUCUAAACGUCCAAUUUGGCUAUUCAUAAGAUUUGUUCCCAUAUGAACUUGAAGAGAUAUGUACUGUAGUGUAGUUCAGAUGAUAACAAUUAAGACUGGAAACUUUCCUUUAUUUUGAAUGCUGCAUUAGACUGUUGCAAUUCUAGUUUAUAAAGUGUUGUCCUCUGAUACAUCUUUCAUUUCGAUUCGAUAAGGCGUAUUAAAAUGGACUUUUCAACUACUUGAUGUUGCAGCUAAUAUAUCUAUAUAAAAAUGGUUAAAAAAGUAUUUUAUUUCGAUCAAUUGAGUUUCCUUCUAUAUUAAGUAACACGUGACAUAUAAGGAAUUAUUUUCAUCGUUCAGUUGUAUGUAAAUGCUCUGAAAAUUUUGUUAAAGGUGAAAUGUUAUGGAUGUACAUAUGUAUAAUUUGUUUCAUUCAAGUAUUUUAUGAUGCUGUAUUGUAUUAUAUGUAUCAUAUUUUGAUAGCUCUCCUAAAUAUCUAUCUAUCUUUUCAAUAAACAUUAUCUUUCUUUAUAAUUU